AUGUCGAUAAAUGACCGUAAAGAAUCUAUUAAACGUUGUAAACAAUUUUUAAUCGCAACAACACCAUCUAGUUUAAUUAAAGAACUAAAAAAUGAUGAGAAUAUAGAAAACUCUAUAAACUACACAUCAAGUUUGAUAACAGGGCAAUUGAUAAAUCAGUAUGAAUUUUUGAUUUCUGAAUUAUCUGAACAUACCAAACAUGACGAUCAGUUAAGGAUACUAGUGACAGAUUCAUUAGCUAUUUGGAUGUUAAGAGUAUACCAAUUUUUAACUUUUAAUAAAGAUAGACAAAAAUUGAAUACUUCUAGAUUACUAGGUUCUUUAAUCAAUGAGCUAUUGACGUUUGAUAAAUGCCAUUACAUAUUUGAAUAUGUGAUUGAUUUUUGGAAUGAUAGUAGUCAUGCUCUUUUAAAUGCUUUAAAAGAUUUAUUCAACAAGUUUUUGACUCUACUCAAGUUUAUGUAUGACGAAAGUGAUUUAAGAAAGUUGUUUACCCAGUGGUUGGAUCAAAUUAUCCAAAUAUCUCCAACAUUGAAAGUACAAUAUUACAUGAUUGAAACUUUGUCAUUAAACAUGGAUAUAUAUUAUUUUCUAGAAAAGAAACCUUGUUUUAUUAUAGAUUCUUUGAAUUUAAUGUCUUCCGAAUCUUUAUCUACUUCUAUUGGAAAAUGUUUGGUCUAUUUACUAAUAAAUAUUUAUAACUUUCAUUUUAAAUUAGAUUCAACCGAAAUAGAUAAGUGGUAUGAACUAUGGCAAAAAAAAACCAUACAAUAUCUGCAUUUAUCAAGAUACUCAAAACCAUUACAAGUAUAUUUUUUGACACCUUUAUUCAAACAGAUGCCAGCUAAUGUGUUUAUUGAUUUUAUUAACUCAAUUAAAUCACAUAAUGGGAUUAGUCUCGAUCCAACUAUAUUAUUGUCCUUAUUAAGAAUUGGCCAAGAAUUGGAUAUAGAUGAUGAGCCAUUCCAUAAUGAUAAACUGAUAUCUUUAUCUGAAUUGGGAAGAUUUUUAGACAAUGAAGACUUGAAAUUAAGUACUUUUGAACUGCUAACUUUUUCCAAAAAAAAAUCAAAGAUAGUACAUCUAUAUGUGUUAGACAUCUUAAAGAAGCAUUUACGAAAUUUCUUCAUUGAUAUUAAUUUAGAAACUAGAAACUAUUUUGAAAGUUCCUUUAAACUUUUUAUCAUAAGAAUAAGAGAUUCAUGCUACUCUUUGAAAAGAGAUAUAAAUAAAUUAAAACGUGCCCAAAAAUUCCCCAAUGAACAAGAGGAAAAAUUGAGACAAAUUGAUGAAUAUAAGCAAUUUAUGUUAUGGUUGUUUAAGUUUUUGAAAAAAGAACUGAUACCUGGCAUUCAAUAUCACAGAUGUCUAAUGUCUUUGAAUAUUAUAUCUAUUCUGAUUGAUUCUGGUUUAGAUGAAUAUAUACCAGCUAAAGAUGUUAGUAAACAGAAUUAUCGUUCUUGGCCAUUUAACAUAGUUAUUUUAAACGAUAGAUCAUAUUUGCGUUUAUUAAUAGAUAAUUUGAUUAGUUCUGUUAAUAAUAUUCGUAAAACUGUUAAGUUUUUACUAUCCCAAUCAUAUAAUUCUAGCCCUAUUGUGCAAAAGACCAUACAUUCAAUGAUUAAUAAAGAAUUAUUAGCCAAAAAGGCAGUCCAAAACAUUAAUGCAUACCAAAAUAUAGAAGCUGGUGCCACAGUUGAAAUGUUUAUAUUUAGUAUAUCGGAUCAUAAAUUACACCUAAUUACAGAUAAAUUGAACAGUUUGAAGGAAGAAAACGAUAGAAUCGAGAAAAAUCCAGUAGAAAAUAUGGUGAACAACGUUAGUGGAUGUUAUAUUUCAUUGGCAAUGUUUUUAGCUGAUAUCAAACCUGAGGUUUAUUCAUCAGAUAAAAUUCACUUAAUAAUGAAGGAUAUAUUAAGCGAAAUAAUAAGAAGUUGGAAUGGCUCCAAAGAUUUAAUGUGUCAUGAUUCUUCCGAUGGAUUAUUACCUCAUAAAUAUCUUCAAUGCCCUGUCUCUGACCAAGUUAUUACAAGCUAUGCAUUUAGAACUGUCAAAGAAUUAAGCAGAUUAUUAAAUAUCAUGAUUAAGAAAUUUACGUUAACACAUGAACAGCUAAUUCAAAUUGGUGAUUUGUUAAUUUUGCAACUUUUUACAAUACGUCACAGUGGUUGUUUUCAGGCAGUAUUGCCUACAUUCAAAACUUUCUGUAUUAAGUGUCGUCAUUUAAUUCCAGAUCAAUUAAAAAUUUGGUUAGAUGAUAUCUUAGUAUCAUUAGAGUCGAAGACCCAACACAUUACUAGGAGAUCUGGUGGAUUACCAUUUUUGAUUACUAAUAUCCUUGCAACUGAGACAGCAAAAGAUAGACCUGAAUUAAAAUAUGUUUUUGAUAAACUUUUAAGUAUCCUUGAGACAGUUUCUACCAUGGAAUACCAGGAUAAAUUAGAUUUACCACAGAUUAAUGCAUUUAAUUGUAUAAAGGCAAUCUUUAUUGAAUCUCAAUUAUCAGAAGCAUGUACACCUUAUUUUCCACAAGCUUUAGCAUAUUCCUUAAAGUAUUUCAACUCAGAUAUUUGGGCUUUGAGAAAUUGUUCAUUGAUGUUAUUUACAUCUUUACAAAAUAGAAUAUUUGGUAAAAUAGGUAAGAAUAUCAGCGCACGCUUAUUUUUCACUAAAUAUGGCAGUAUUGACAAGGUAUUAUUACGAAUUUUGAAAGAACCCAUUGAGAAAAAACAUACAGAUUCAAAUAACAUGGAAUCAGUUAUUUUAAUAUUGAGUAUUUUAAUGUGUCUAAAACAAACACCAGGAUAUAGUGGGUUAGAUCCAUUUAUAAAUGAAGUCAUUAAAUAUUUAGAAGAUAGAAAUUGGAAAAUAAGAGAUAUGUCAGCUAGAGUACUUUCUAUUUUAGUUGAUGAAAGUCAUAUUGAUGAGUUAUAUUUGAUGGAAAAUUGUUCUGUAAAAAACCAAAAUAAAUUACAUGGGCAUUUAUUGGCAGUAAAAAAUAUUAUUUUAUCUAAGCAAAAAUUUCCACAGAUUAUAGUUAAAAUGAAGGACAUAGUUAAAAGAUUGCUCGGGAAGAGAUUUGAAUUUAUUACAUUGAAUUUAUCAUAUGUAACUGUCAAGGCAUAUCUUGAAGUUAUGCUCUUAGUAUUUGAUAAUGAAGAAUUUAUUGAAUUAAUCCAAGAUCAUAAGCACGAAAUUAUAUCAAUUUUUGGUAACUACUUCAUUAAUAACUUUUAUUCUAAAGCAAAUACACAAAACAUUGAUGGAAGUAAAGAACUUUGUAUGGCAUUAGUUUUAAAUUUUUUGCUCAAAUAUGAAAACGAAGUGAAUAUUAACUCCUUAAUUCAAUUAGGUUUGGAAUCAAAUCUUUAUGAAGUUCAACUAGAAUCCAUCAAAUAUAUAGAAACGUCUGAAUCUGUGAUGCAUUAUUAUGAAAACUCAGCGGAUAUUGGUGAAAAAUUAAUGGAAUUACUAUUAAGUGAGGAUACUUUAGUUACCUUAAAACCAUCGAUUAUAAAAUCUUUGAAACGUAUACCAAACCAUAAAAUGACACUUAGUACACUAGUUAAGUUUAUUCAAGAAACAAAAUCAGAUAUUUGUAGGCUGACAGCAAUUGAAUGUUUAGGUAAUUAUGUGACACAUGAAGAGGAUGUGGAGUUAAUUUGGGAUAAUGUUAUUAAAGGAUAUUUGACUGAUGCUACAAAUGAAAUGUUUAGAAUGUCUAUACUAAACUGUUUAAUAAACUGUUCAAAAACACUAUUAAAUCUUAAAGUUAUUAUGGCCAUUUUCACCUAUCUACAAGAUGAUGAUCCUGAUAUAAGAGAGACAGCAGCAAUAUACUUGAACAAAUAUAUAGGACAAAAUACAGUCCAGAGAACAUCAGAUGCUGUUGCCAACAAGAUCGGUGAUGUAGUUAUAGAAAAGUUUUCUAAUAAAAAGAAUGCAAUAGUCAAUAUAUGUAUUACAAAUAUUAGGAGAUUUUUUUGUUCAAAUAAUAUAUAUGCUCAUAAAGAACAAUUUGAGGGAUUGUUUGAAAGAGAAAAGGAUAACCAGUUUAGAAAUGAUAUUGAAGAGAAUUUAAGAUGGAUUAAUUUAAUAAAAAGAUGUCCCAAUGUCUCUAUUAUGAGUUUAAAACAAUUUAUCGUUGAAGAGAAGGAUAUGUUAUUAAACUAUUUGACCAAUUAUAGUAUUAUAGACGAGCCGUUAGGCUGGAUGCAUUCAGAUGAUAUCCUAUCAAGGAUAAUUGUCUUGAGACAACUGAUUUACUCUUUUAAUAAUGAAUUAUUGGAGAAUUUUGACAGCUGUCUUAAGACACACAAAUCUCAUCCAUUGAUUUUUGAAUAUAAUGAUAUAUACAUGGAGUAA